CUCUUCAUCAACGCAUAGACCAGGCACGGCUUUUCUCACGCGGUGCUCUUUCCAGCACGAACACGGCAUAACACAUCGCAGCGCAGAGCACACAAGCAUGAUGGAGCCUACCACUCACCCCACCCACCCCCCAAAGGAUGACCCAUUCACCGCUGAAGAGCUGGCAAAGUACGACGGAAAGGAUGAGAAUGUGCCGGUCUAUGUUGCCAUCAAGGGUCAGAUCUUUGAUGUGACGCCAAAACGAGAAAUGUACUCUCCCGGCAAGGGCUACUCGAUCUUUGCGGGUAAAGACGCAUCUCGGGCUCUGGGCAUGUCCAGCCUCAAGGCCGAGGAUGCUAAUGCGGAUUACAGCACGCUGGACGAGAAGCAGAUGAAGGUGCUGGAUGAUUGGGUCGCCUACUACACGAAGAGGUAUAACAUCGUCGGAAAGCUCGUCAAGUAGGUCUACACGCACGCAGAUCGCCAUUUUGCAGCACGCUUAGACAAUGGGAAAUGUGCAAGGAGGGGUCAGGGAUCUAGAAUUGUCCAUGUGGAGACUUGCUCCAUCGUGCAGUUCAUACCUCCAUCUACUGCAGCUUUUGCAUGAUCAUGUCCCAUACAUCUAGCUCAAGCGCGGCGUC